CGACAAAUAUCGCGAGAGUUUUACCAGUUUCACGUUUCCUCUUUGAUUUCGCAUGUUGAUUUUUGCAGGACUGUCAAAUAUCCCUCACGACCAUGUAUGUGGCCAAGAGCCACUAAACAUAUAUAUGGUCUACUAAAACUGGCAGUAAUGUUACAGUGUAGCCCUCAUUAAAAAUGGCAGCAGUAGCUGGAGUGAGGGCUCUACUCAGCCUCCAUCGAUCAGUGACGUUGCAGCGCAGCUUUGGGUUAAUUCCACUACAGUUGACAUCAACCUGCCUUCCCAGGUGGUUUUGCAGUGCUCCUACAAGAAGUAAUGAGCUACCAAAGCCACAGGUUACCCCAGAGAAUGAAUCUCUGCUGGAGAAUCUGAAUCUCAUGGGAGUUGAUGUGAAGAUGGCACGCCAGCGUCAGCCUGGGGUGCUUCGUAAAGUCUUCACUAAUGAGCAAGGUCUCGCUCAGUUUCUGCAAAGUAAAGGUGCCAGCCGCAAAGUUAUAGCUGGCAUCAUAUCCCGUUAUCCCCGUGCUAUCACCCGCUCAAUUGAACAUUUGGAGCAGCGCUGGGAGCUGUGGAGAAACAUCUUCAAGACUGAUGAAGAAAUUGUGAGCAUCCUGGAUCGCUCACCUGAGUCUUUCUUCCGGUCCAGUGAUAAUGGGAACUUGGAAAAGAACAUAGCUUUUCUGACCUCGCUGGGACUGAACACUAAAGACCUCCAUCGGCUGCUGACCACAGCGCCGCGGACAUUCUCUAACAGUUUAGAGCUCAACAGGCAGAUGGUGGAGUUUCUGGAAGACAUCUGUGCCGAACUUGGUGGGAAGAAUCCAGAGCAGUUUCCAAAAGCCGUCAUAUCCAGAAACCUUUAUAUUCUCAUCCGAAGCACUAAGAGAGUCAAGACAAACAUCGAUAUCCUGAGAGCUUCUCUUAAGUUGAGCAAUUCAGAACUACUUGCUCUUCUUCAAGGCCCUGGAGCAGAGAUACUGGACCUUUCCAAUGAAUAUCUGAAAAAGAAUUUUAACAGUCUUCAACAAAAGAUGGUUUUACUUGGCUGUCGGAAAGCUGACAUAAAAAAACUAAUCAUCAGCUAUCCAAUGGUUCUGUACAUUGGGCCAGACACGCUGGGCUCUAAACUAGACUGUCUCAUAAAAGGAGGAAUAACAAUGAAGCAGAUACUGGAAAAGCCCAAAGUUUUAGACUACAGCACACAGAACAUAACAGGGCGACUAGAGGAGCUGCAGAGAGUGGGAUAUGACUUCCAGAAGAAUGGCAUCAACAUCCUGGACUCUAGCCGAAAGCGGUUUGUUGCAAAGAUAGAAAGGCUUAGUGCCUCACCAGACGACUAGUCUGGCUCAAUGGAUGUACAUUGCUGGGAUAAAGCCUGACAUCCGGCGCUUUCGAUAUCUCCACUAUCGGGGCUUAGUGCCGCCCAGAUCAGUUGUAAUUGGUUUUAAAAAAAUACAUACAAGCCAGAGUGUUUUUUUGGCUUCUCAUUAAUCAUAUUUUGGUCUUGUUCUAAUUAGAAUAUGAUUUCUGACUUCUUGAAUAUCUCUUUUGUAAUAUGUCAUUGUAUCUGUCGGGCUACAAUGAACAAUUAUUUCACUAUUGAUUAAUCUACCAAAUAUUUGAUUAAAUCUAAGUCUCUACAAUCUACAGUCUCUACAGUGUCUUUAAAUUUUUUGUUUUGUCCAGCCAGUGAACCAAAAACACAAAGAUAAUCAAUUUACUACCACAUAAGGCAUCAGAAACAGCAAAUCCUUACUAAUGAGAAGCUGGAAAUAGGACAUUUUGGAAUUUUUUAACUAAACAAUGACUUAAACAGUUAUCAGUUAUCAAGACAGUUGCUGCUUAAUUUUCUGUCCGUUUACUUAUUGUUUCAGCUCUAAUAGCUAGUAAUUCUUUUUGUUGUUGUAACACUGAGACCUGCUAAAAUUCCUUUCCCUUUAAAUGUGCAUGCAUUAUUUUAUUUCUUGGUCAAAGAUGUAUAAAAAAUGACAUGUUGGAGAGCUGCUCUUGGUGUUCAUGUGAGGAUGGAAUCUUGAAAUAAAAUUGAUAUCCAAAAAGGCAUAA